AUGGCUUCCACCUUUUUUGUGCCAGAUUGCCCUGAAGCCUGUCGGGAGCUGAUCAAGAAGUUCGCACCGAAAACCGCCCUCCACAAGCUGGAGAAGAUGUUCUCUGGCUCCAAGGUCUCUCAUGAGCAGUUCUCUUUGCUUCGGGUUUAUUUCCCGCAAAUACUGGAGCCAUUGGAGUUCCUUACCUUCAAGGACAAGUACGGACUGGCAUCAGUGUGGGGAGAUGCGCAAGCGAUACUGAAGCAGUCCGACUCGUUCAACGCAAUGCUCCGAUGCAUCCGCUCUGAACACCCUAAUUUCGACUGCAUCCCGAGGAGUGGCCCGGACUGCCCAGGGGAGUUCAUCCCGUUUUUGACGUUCCUCGGCGAAAUCAGUCGCUCGGAUGCCCGACCGGUCGAUCAAAUCCCGGAUACCAAUGCCCGGGACUUACCUCGAGGGAACCGCUCGACAAGGGCAACGGCCAUCAAUGUGUGGGAGGACAGUGACAAUGAAGAGCACGCGGACGAGCCGACUGUUCAUGUCCCUAAAAAGCGAAAGCUGCCAACCGCCCCUCGAACCAAGAAGAAGUCGGACAAGAAGCUAUUUUCGGACGCAGAAUAUGAGAUAACGGUCAAUGCGGCCUCCGGGAUUCUGCUGAGGAUGGUGGGGGAUCUAAUCCCUAAUACGAGAUCGCAUUGGGUUUUAGAUCAUGUCACCCUGCGGGCGAGCUUCAGCAACGCUUCUUACACUGCCGUCACUGACGGUGCUCUGUGGACGAAGAUGAAACGAGUCAUCCAAAGCAUUGUUGAGGUAAAGAGAGCCUCGAGGUGGAAUAUUCUGAAUGACGUUCGGAUGCAGGAGGGGGGCGAAGGCGCAUCAUGGAUCUUCUGUGCAGACGAGACUGGUCUCCCGGCCUUGAAUGGCCAUCGACUUCUAGUUUCGAUGGAUCGGGACCAAAUGUUUUUAACAUUUCUGAUGCCAGGUCAGGGUUAUAAAGAAUUUUUGAAAACGGGAGUGGAUGGUCCGACUGCAUUUUUAGAGAUGCGAACUUACGGUCCGUUUGACCUGUGCGAUGCGGAGGAGAUGGAGGCGGUGUCAAUUGCCCUUGUGGCAUGUUCCAUUCUGGCCUGUCAGGCUGCAGAGGCAGCUCGUCUAUUAGAAGCCAAUCUUCAUUCGGAUGCGUGA